UAUUGUUUAUUUUAUUAUUUACUGAUUCCUUUCAAUGGUUGCCCGGCAGCGGAGAGGAGGUCUUGGGGGAUGGUGAGGGAGCAUUUGGUCUUCCAACAGAAAUCCCUAACGAAAGGGAAGAGAAUUUGGUGCAGACGCAGGGUCUUGGAAUACUUGAAUGUGAAGAACAGAACAAGGGGCUGCUUCCAAGAGUUGUAGAAGGACUUUUUGAUUCCAUAAAUUCUUUGGAUAUAGAAAAGACAUAUUCGGUUAAAUUGUCAAUGGUUGAAAUCUACAUGGAAAAAGUAAGGGAUCUAUUUGAUUUAUCAAAAGAUAAUAUACAAAUUAAGGAGAUUAAAUCACGAGGAAUAAUUCUACCUGGCGUUACAGAGGCAAUGCAUGCUGCUCCAAUGUACAUUGCAGAGACAGCUCCAACACCAAUACAUGGACAACUAAAAUCUCUAAAAGAGUUCUUUAUAGUACUUGGGAUGGUUGUUAGUAGCAUUAUAUUUGUAUACUUGGCUGUCUCCACGGGCUUCACUUAUGCCACAACGGAGUUUGCUACUCAAAGGAGGACUGGAUACUAGUUCACCAAGUCCAUCAAUUUCUUAGGAAGGUGUUCCUCCAAAAUUUAUUGUUUUUAUUUCACAAUUUGAUGAUUUCAGUUUUCCUUGUAGUUAAAUCUGUUGGUCAAUUAAAUUGUCACAAUCAUGCUUAAAUGUUUGUAGUGGUUGAUUGAACAUCCAAAUUUAUCAACUGAUGUUUACAUUGGUGGUGAUUCAUACUCUGACAUUACUAUUCCAGCAAUUGUUCAAGAAAUUUCUCUAGGUAAAAGACUCGUAUUCAACAUGUACUGCAAAAUUAGAAUGACAAACAUAUGUACAAGUUGGCUAGUAACUAUAUGAACCACUAUUAAUCAUGCUAAUUGGCAAU